UUUGGGCCUUUUCCCUUUAAUCGUCCCUUUCCCCACAUCGCCGGUUCCCCGCCCAAAGCUCACGUUUCCCGUUCAGUAGCGGUCAUCGGAAUGGGGAAGCGCCGGGUCGCGCAGGUCUCAGACGACGACGAGGAAGAGCCACGGCGCCGAGAAGAUGCGGACCGGGACGGCGACCGGAAGAGCAAGAGGAAGAAGAAGCUUCGAGUGGACGAGGAAGACGAGGAAGAGGGCCAGAGCAGCAGCCAGUCAAAGAAGGGCGGCGUCGGCGGCCGUAGCAGCAGAGGGGGCAAAGGCCGCGUCGAAGAAAGGGAGGACGAGGAAGAGGAGGAGGAGGCGGCGGCGGUGGAGGUCCAGGAGGAUGCGAAGCCGAUUGGGGACGUGGUUAGGGUUUCCGGGAAGGGGCGUAGGAAGAAGACGCAUUACUCCUCUUUUGAGUACGAUGGCAACGUCUUCGAGCUCGAGGAUCCUGUUUUGCUAACACCCGAAGAUAACAAGACAAAGCCUUAUGUCGCCAUCAUCAAGGACAUUACACAAGAUGUAGAUGGUAAUGUGUGGGUUACGGGGCAAUGGUUUUACCGUCCUGAAGAAGCGGAGAAAAAGGGAGGUGGAAACUGGGAAGCACGGGAUACCAGACAACUCUUUUACAGUUUCCACCUUGAUGAAGUGCCGGCUGAAUCAGUGAUGCACAAGUGUGUUGUCCAUUUUGUUCCCUUAAGCAAGAAGCUGCCACUUCGUCAACAGUUUCCAGGUUUUAUUGUGCAAAAUGUUUAUGACACUGUUGAGAAAAAGCUUUGGAAGUUAACUGACAAAGAUUACGAGGACACAAAACAACAUGAGAUAGAUCUUCUUGUUCAGAAGACACGAGAACGUUUAGGAGAACUCCAAGAUAUUGAAUCUGAAGAAGUGCCUCCUGAUAAUUCUGAUCAGUCGGCAAAUAGACGGUGUCUCAGAAGGAAGGGUGUGAACCCUAUUGAUGUCUCAAAAUCUGAUGAUGCAACAAAAAUUGAACAUCAGAUGAAAGCAGAGACACCAGGAAGUUGUACAAGUUAUGAUUCAGAGUACAAAACCAUUUUAGCAAAAUUCAAAGCAUUGACCGGUGAUUCAUAUCGUGAUAGGUGGUUGGACAAACUUUUACAAGGAAUCAAAGUAGCAUGUGUCUCAAAAGAUUCUGUGUCGUCUGAUGAUAAGAAAAUGGAAGCUUCUGUUAAUUUGGAUAAAAACAUGAAUGGUAACAAUGAAACAGGAACUUCUACAGAACCCAAAGAAAACAUCCCUGAUGCUGGUGAAAGCAUUUGUUGGCCAGAUGCAGCUGUCCAGGCUAUAACUGCUCUUGAGAGAGCUACGCACGAGACCCUUGGUUCGGAUUUCCAGAAAUAUAAUCAGAAAAUGAGACAGUUAGAUUUCAAUCUGAAGAAUGGUGCUGUAUUAGCUAGACGUUUGCUGAAUAAAGAGUUGGACCCUGUGACGGUUUUAUCCAUGUCUCCCAAUGAGCUAAAGGAUGGUUUGACUGCACAAGAAAAAGCACCAAAAGAACCUGAAGAGUCAAAACAGCUGCAGAUGACUGAUGCACGAUGUUCAAGAUGCACUGAGAAGAAAGUAGGUGUUGCAGACAUUAUUCAAGCUGGUGGUCACGGGGAUCGAUAUCAGCUGGAGUGUAUUGCCUGUGGGUAUACGUGGUAUGCAUCUCGAGAUGCCAUCUCAUCACUCACCAUUGAUGCUCCAAGUGUAGCUGGAAAUGUGGGUGCUGCCCCUUGGGCCACUGCCAAAUUCGAUGCUGUCGAGAAGUCAUUGGUGAGCCCCCGGG